ACCUACCGUACCUACCAUCUGAGGUGAAACCUAUAAUCACCACGCACACGCACAGCUUCAGCUUCAGCUAACCACCUUGGCCCCAUAGCCCGAGCUAGGUACCGUAUCACUAUGUUCUCGCGCACCCUCAAGCUCUCCCCGCUGCGAUGCCGGAUCUCUCCGGCUCCUUCGACGCCAUUCCAAAGCCGGAGCGCCUACGUCCGCUUUGGCCCGCCCCGCGGCGGCAGUAAUAACUACCAGCGCUUCAACCGCCGCCCAACCCUUGGCGAGAUGUGGGAGAGUCCGCGGUUUAGGAAGAUAGCUGGCGGCACAGCAGUCGGCGGCGUCACCUUCUACGCUUACAAUACCGAGGUUGUCCCCGUGUCUGGAAGGAGACGGUUCAAUAUCGUCAGUGUCGAGAAUGAGGCGAAGAUGGCUGUGCAGAUGUAUGAGGAGACUAUUGCGCAGUUUGAGGGACGAAUAUUGCCAACGAAUCAUCAUCUCACGAGGAGGGUGAGGAAGAUUCUGGAUCGCUUGAUACCGGCGUCGGGCCUGCAGGAUCUCGAAUGGGAGGUCUUCGUGAUCAAGGACGACUCCAUGAAAAAUGCUUUUGUAAUUCCUGGAGGAAAGGUCUUCGUUUUCAGCGGAAUCCUCCCUAUAUGCGGCGACGACGACGGUCUAGCAGCCGUGAUGUCCCACGAGAUAGCCCACACAGUAGCGCACCACGCCGCCGAGCGCCUGAGCAAAUCGUUUAUUGCGCUGGCUGCGGUGCUGGUGGCGGGCAUAGCAAUUGGAGACCCGGACAUGGUCGGCCGGAUGGGCAGGAUCCUGAUCGAUCUGGUGUACCUACGGCCGGGGUCUAGGAAGCAAGAGGCGGAGGCGGAUUAUAUCGGCCUCAUGAUGAUGGCGCAGGCUUGCUAUCGACCCGAGAAAGCGGUGACGCUAUGGGAGCGCAUGGAAGCUGCCGAGGAAUUUUCCAUGCCUCAGUUUCUGAGCACUCACCCUUCUAACGUCAAACGGAUCCAAAACAUUCAGCAAUGGCUUCCGGAGGCAAAGGUCAAGAGCGAGAUGAGUGAUUGUUCGGGCACUCCUGCUGUCAUUGACGAGUUUGUCAAGGUGUUUGAGUAUCCCAAGUGGUGAUUUCUACAUACAUACUGGAUGGAGGAAUUCAUAAUAGACGAAGUAAAAGAGGCACUUAUUU